GGAGAGGGAGUGUGUCCGGCGUCAGUGCCGCGUCAGUCGCCAGGACAGGCGAGUAGGUCAGCGUAAACUUAUCUUCAUAAUUUUCUCCGUUUUGGUGUGCUAUUUUUGAUGUGUCUUACGUAACGUGGCGCGGUCCGCAUCACCCUUCCCGAUCGUCGGAACGAUUUUAGGAGGUGGAUGGGGGCAGCUGACUGCUGACGCUGCGGCCCGGCGCGGCGCCCGAUGUGGUGCCCGCUGACACAGCCGGGCGGCCCGGCCGUGUGUCGCCAGUGGGGCCGACUGGUGCCGGCGCGGCUGGUGGCCGUGGUGCUGCUGAUGACCGCGGUGGCGGUGCUGCAGCUCGGCGCCGUGCUGCUGAUGGUGGACCGGCGGCCGUCCCCCAGCCGGCCGCUCGCUGUCCGGCCGCCCCCCGUCCGGCGGCCGGCGUCCACUGCGGAGCGCCGGAGACGCGCCGCGCCCCUGCUCCACCUGCACCUCGCGCAGGUGAUGCGCGACCUGCACGGCAGCACGGACAUGGAGCUGGUGCGCGCGGGCCGGCUGCCGCGGCCGGCCUCAUGCCCGGAGCGCGCCGUCAUCCCAUGGGCGGGCGGACGCGCCGGCAACAUGCUGUUCGAGUACCUGACCGCGUGGGCGGUGGCGCUGCGACACGACGUGCCCUUCCUCGUCCCGGACGUGAUGAUCGAGACGUUCGAGGGCGUGUUCGCGGGGAUGACGGCUCAGCGCGGCGACCUAGACCUGCUGCUGAUGGACUGCGCCCACCUGUGGCACGGCCGGCGCAACAUCAGCGUGGCCACCAUCCAGGAUGUCUGGGAGGACCUGGCGCCCAUCACCGGCUGGCUGGAGCUGGUCGGCUUCCCCACCAACAUGACGCGACCCAUCUACCGGCUCUGGCACGCGCACGAGGCCCAGAUGCGCGCCGAGCUGCGCUUCAGCGCACCCAUCUCGUCCAUCGUGCACGAGUACCUGCGGCGGGUGCGGCGCGCGCUCGGCCCCGACGACGAGCCCGUCACGUUCAUCGGUGUGCACGUGCGACGCACCGACUACUACCAGGCCACCUACAACCUGGACGGCGUGUGGAUGAACAUGCCCGGUGCGGCGUACUUUGAGCGCGCCGUGCGCCACUACCAGCGCCGCUACCCCAACACCGUGUUCGUGGUGGUGAGUGACGACAUGCAGUGGUGCCGCGAGCAGCUGGCGGCGCUCGACGCCGUGAUCCUGUUCCCCGGCGACGCGGGCAACCCGCCGAUGCUGGACCUGGCGCUGCUGGGCCACUGUAACCACACCAUCAUCACGUUCGGCACGUUCGCCCUCUCGGCGGCCAUCAUGACCGGCGGCGACGUGGUGGUGCCCAAGGACCUCGGCAUCACCUGGAACUCGUACGAGCGACAAAAGGACUUCUGGCCCGCCCAGUGGACGGAAAUAUCGGUGCUGUGAGAUAAAGUGAGGCGCGUUCGCAAUUUCCGAGCUCAGUGAUUCGCCCACACAAAACAGUGUCCGUUUUUCCAUGGGAACUCUCUCUCUCUCUAUAGAGUGUAGUGGAGGGAACUCGGAUCUUACACAGACAAUGUGCUUUUUGCACGUAAAUACGACGCUAUGUUACGUUGGAUGAAACGGCAGGGAAAUCGUCAUUAUUUAAGCUCCAAGAAUAUUGGUGCUAUGCACUUUUAUGUUCGAACAGCUUCAAUAUAAAGGAUGCUUACA